AUGGACAAGAAUCUGAAGUUACGUUAUGCCGAAAGACUGUUCGUGCCGGAUGAAAAUACUAACAAAAAUAAUGCCAAUUCAAUAUCAAAAUCGAUGUUCAAAGACGUACGCCAUGUAUGUGUGGAACCAGUGAAUCCUUCAUUGUAUCUUGCCACCCAAAAUGAAAUUGUUCAAUUGGAUCCGCGUAAAAGGGAGAAGACCCAAAUGGACUGGGCUGAUAAGCUGAAUGGUCAUGAAGUGAUAAUGUUUGAAUAUUUGUAUGACGAUGCAACCACAUUCACACUUCUUUCGAAUGGCACGGCAAUAGUGAAUAAUUUUAUGAAGAUGAUGAAUUCAUACGAGAUGGACACAGUUGAAAUAAUAAAUGAGGAAGUAACUGGUGGCUCAUGGUCACCAGACACACACAUCUUAGUGGUAACGACUCGGGAAAAAGUUUAUUUCGUAUCUCGAGAAUUUGAUAUAAUCAACGAGGGACCACUGAAUCCCACUACUGCUGGUCAAAGUGAGCUGAUGAGUGUUGGAUGGGGAUCGAGAGAAACUCAGUUCCAAGGACCAUCAGGUCGGAAAAAACUUGAUGAGGUUACUGCAGUGAAAUUUUCGUUGUUGUUAUUAUUAUUGUUAUCAUUCUUCCAUUAUUUAUAA